GUUUUUUAUUAUUGCGAUGUUACCUUAGUAUGCGUCAAGAAAGCGUUGUUCUUGAAGAAUGGGACGGUGUCAGCGUGGCGGCGGGCAGCGGGAGCAGCACCAGGCCGAGGUGGAGGCGAUCAGCGGGACAGCAACGGUCCAAGUUGGAGGCGGUCAGCGGGACAGCAAACGGUCCAAGGUGGAGGCGGUCAGCGGGACAGCGACGGUCCAAGUUGGAUGGCAAUCAGCGUGAGAGCAAUGGUGCAAGGUGGGGUCGAUCAGCGGAACAGCAACGGUCCAAGGUGGAGGCGGUCAGCGGGACACCAACCAAGGUGGAGGCGUUCAGCGGGACAGCAACGGUCCAAGGUGGAGGCAGUCAGCAGGACAGCAACGGUCCAAGGUGGAGGCGAUCAGCGGGACAGCAACGGUUCAAAGGUGGAGGCGGCCAGCGGGACAGCAACGGUCCAAGGUGGAGGCGAUCAGCGGGACAGCAACGGUCCAAGGUGGAGGCGGUCAGCGGGACAGCGACGGUCCAAGGUGGAGGCGAUCAGCGGGACAGCAACGGUCCAAGGUGGAAACGGUCAGCGGGACAGCAAUGGUCCAAGGUGGAGUCGAUCAGCGGGACAGCAACGGUCCAAGGUAGAGGCGGUCAGCGGGACAGCAACGGUCCAAGGUGGAGGCGAUCAGCGGGACAGCAACGGUCCAAGGUGGAGUCGAUCAGCGGGACAGCAACGGUCCAAGGUAGAGGCGGUCAGCGGGACAGCAACGGUCCAAGGUGGAGGCGAUCAGCGGGACAGCAACAGUCCAAGGUGGAGGCGGUCAGCGGGACAGCAACGGUCCAAGUAGAGGUAAAACGAUCACCGGAACAGCCGAUAACGAUUCGAUUCAAUUUCAACACCGCGAGCCUUGCUUCUGGGUAUGCAGACGAUUCUUUGAAUCGUCCCACCAGGGGUACCAAAUUAUGUGUAGGACGCUUCACCUGUGGUAAAAGGACCUGGUGAAUAUCUCCUGUCCUUCACACAAGAGGGGAACCAGCUUCUAUAGUGGUUGAUAUAAUUAGACUCUGAUAUUCUUUGUCGAGUCGAAGCAAGGUGUAAAUCGGUGUUGAAAUGAUUAAAAUACGUGUGAGAUAAUUAGUUUAUUUAACACAAACACUAAUAUUUACAAGUAUCGUACAAAAUAAUUAUUAUUGUUUUUACUACAACAAAAAAACAUACAUAAAUUUGCUAUGUGCAAUUGACAGUAAAGUGAACCGCGAUUUAAGAGUGAAACAUGUGAUUAGUAACAAGUGAGAGAAGAUUCGCGUGAAAAACCGUGUAAUGCGAUAGGAAAAUACGAGACGUGAACACUUUCAGAGUUGAGCGAGAGACGCGACCGAUUAGCUCGGUAGUUGACGAAUAAGUGAUUGAGAUUGAGAGACGAGAGACUAAAAACGACUUAGGCAUAAGAAUUCCUUUUUCCUUUGGGUCCCCAAAAAGAAGUGGAACUCAUUCAUCAAUGUCCUAUGCGUGUCUAAUUUACGUUCAGAAAUAAACAGAAGGUUUAAUUUAGUCCAGUAACGACAAAGGCCUUUAUUGGUUUAAGGAUACAUAAAUCCGACAGCAAGACAGCUUCACACAUUGUCAAGUUGAAAGAAUUGUUCUUAAUUUCGAUCCAAACCCUGGGAACCGGAUAUAUCUUAACCUAGAAUGUUUUCGUAGUGCACGGGUCCUUGUAUCGCCGACUGAAAUGGGAGGCCACGGGACAAGCAAAUGUUUUCUCGGAAUUGGUUAAUUUUGGAAGCUACAAAGGGCAGAAGUGUUCGUUUGAAAUUAUCAAUGAUUCAACGAAUUUUAUUAAGAUUCUUAUAUAAGUAGAAAUGAUAAUUAGCUUUAUGUUAGAAAAU